AUGUUUAAUGUCUGCAAAACAAAUUAUCGAAAUUUUCCUUCAUCUCUCACAAAAUUACGUUUUCUUCAUUAUUCACGUUAUUUAAAAAACAUAAAUGAAUUAAAAGAAAAUAAUAUCCAAUCAACAAGUAAUUUAAUUCCCAAUGAAAUUGAACAAAAUUUACAAAGAUGGGAGAAAGGAAUUAAACUUGGUUUUGAUUUCACAGAAAAUUCAAAUCAACUACAAAACCAAUGGAUGGGGUUAUCUUUGGAAUGUAUUGAUUUUAAACAACUUUCAAGUGCAUUUAUUACUUUAUCAACUAAAAAUCUGUCAAAAUCACAACUUUCUUCUUUACGUCUUUUGAAUCUUAAUGCUGGUAGAAAUAUUGACUUGAAAAUUCUGGAAUCAAAUAAUGAUACAAUUAUUGAAUGUGCUUUUUUAAGACUAUCAAAUUACUAUCUUUUAUUUAAAACAAAUAUUUUUGUUUUUGAUGCUUCUAAUUUGCGUGGAAAUAUUAAGGGAAAAUGUUUUGAUAUUCGUUUAAGCCAAAAUUACUCAUUGAAAAAGGCAAUUAAUUUAUUUGCAAAUCGAGAAGAAUUUACUAAAUACAAAGGUUAUGAUGCAAUGCUUUAUGCCUUCAAAUGUAAAAAAAUGCCUAAUUUUGGGGAUGAUCCGGAUAUUAAUAGAUUUAUGCCUCUUUACAAGAAUUAUGACUCAUCGCAAUUAACUGCUCUUUCUGCUUUACUAAAUAAAAAGCGUCCAAUAGUUGCCGUUCAUGGAGCGGCAGGAACAGGCAAAACACUUCUUUUGGCUCAAUAUUUGGAUAUUUUGUCAAAAUCUGACGAAUCUAAAGAUAUGCCUAUUGCCGUUAUUUCACCUUCAACUACUUCACUUUAUCGACUUAUUGACCUUUAUUGUUCUAUUGCUAGCAAAGAAAUGUUGAAAGAAAUACCUUUUAUUAGUAUGAUUGAAUUUAAUGUGGCUGGUUCAUAUUUUUCUAUAAAAAAUCAAAAUGUUUUACAACUUGUAAAAAUGGCUAGUUUUCAUAAUUUUCAAAGGAUUUACGAUGAAGGGACUUUAAGGAUUUCUGAAGAAUUGAAAAUAUUGAGGAGUCAAAGAAGGAACCAGAAAAAUUCUUCAUUGACUCAACACAUGAUUGGUUUAAUAGACGAGGAAAUUAGCAAAUUUAUUAAAAAGAGGCGAUUUGUGUUUUUAACAUUUAGCUUUUCAAGACUACAAUUUUUAGAACGAAUUGGUGUUAAAUUUAGUGGAGUAAUUGUUGACAAUGCUGAAAGACUAAAUGAACAAGAGAAUUGGCACGUAAUUCUAAAAACGUCACCUUUUGUCAGAUUAUUUGGAGAUUAUUGUCAAUAUAGUCAAAAAAUAUCAAAUGAACAAUCAAAGUUAGAUUAUAACAAGACUCUCCUUCAAAGACUUGAUGAAGAUUUUGAUGUUGAUUCUAAUGUUAAUUUUCAUCUUAACCGUCAAUAUACUUCAAAUCCAGCAAUUCGUGCUUGGGGAGAUUCUGUUUUUUAUAAAGAAAGGAAAACUAUCCCUGCCACUAAAUUUGUUGAGAAGAUGAAUUUGAAUGAAAUUUUGAAGCCUAACAUAAAAAACACAAUAAAAUUGGUGACAGAACCUUUAGUUUUGGUUGAUAUUAGCAGAUUGGAAGGGGGAUGGAAGGAAUCAAUGUUUGAGGUUUUUUUAAUUUAA